GGGAUCUUUCCACCUCAGUCGGUCCCCGGAUUCUUAAGUCCCCGCUAAGUGUGCUAGGUCUAGGUUGCACCACCAUGGAGCUGGGGUUGGCUGGCCGCCGCGCGCUGGUCACUGGCGCCGGCAAAGGCAUCGGGCGCAGCACGGUCCAGGCUCUGUGUGCGGCGGGUGUGCGCGUGGUGGCCGUGAGUCGGACGCAGGCCGACCUGGACAGUCUAGUCAGCGAGUGUUCCGGGGUAGAGCCUGUGUGUGUGGACCUGGCCGACUGGGAAGCCACAGAGCGAGCCUUGAGCAGUGUGGGCCCCGUGGACCUGCUGGUGAACAAUGCCGGCGUAGCACUGCUGCAGCCUUUCCUGGAGGUCACCAAGGAAGCUUAUGACAUGUCUUUUGAUGUAAAUCUGCGGGCUGUCAUCCAGGUGUCCCAGAUUGUGGCCAAGAGCAUGAUAGCCCGGGGAGUGCCAGGCGCCAUUGUGAAUGUCUCCAGCCAGGCCUCCCAGCGUGCACUUGCCAACCACGGUGUUUACUGCUCCACCAAGGGUGCCCUGGACAUGCUGACCAAGGUGAUGGCACUGGAACUUGGGCCUCACAAGAUCCGUGUGAAUGCAGUAAAUCCCACUGUGGUGAUGACGCUUAUGGGCAAGGCCAACUGGAGUGACCCCCAAAAGGCCAAGGUUCUACUGGACCGCAUCCCACUUGGCAAGUUUGCUGAAGUGGAGAAUGUAGUGGAUGCCAUCCUCUUCCUGCUGAGUGACCGGAGUGGCAUGACCACAGGAUCUGCCCUGCCCGUGGAAGGUGGUUUCCUAGCUACCUAAGAUGCCUGCAGGGGCCGGGGAGAUGGCUCAGU